CUUCGUUCUUCCGUCUCUUUGUUUGGCACGUUCCUACUCGUUCUUUCUCCUUUUUUCAAACAAACAAGGGAGGUGGGUGAUGGCCGGACUUCACCUUCAAUGGAGUUGGAUGCUUCAAACAUGUAUGAAUCAAGCGUUGCCCAUGUUUCAUUGGCGACGGAGGAAGAAAGUCUCGGGGACGGCUUAGUGGGUAGUGAUGCACCGGUGGCCGGCGAUGGAGAAGAAGACAACCAAGAGUAUACAGACGUCCUUGAUGAGCAAGGGAGCGGUAGCAGAAGUUGGAGUGUUUGGGUGGAAGUCGGGGGAGACCAGCUUCUGAAAACUGAUUCUGAUUGUGCUGCAGAAGUUCCAACCUCCCCCCCCCCCUAAUUUAUAGUUUGCCUUCACUAGUUAUGCCCUUCUCCGCUUUUCAGCUUUUCCCAUAUGUCAACCUUUAGCUAUAUCAGAUCUAAACCACCUUAAGAGUACUAUACAAACUAAAUCACGUGUCUCAUAUAAUUGUAAUCCC